UGUUUCCCUCGCCAUGAUGUGCUCGAGUUUCCCCAGCAGCCCUUCAAACGAGCUCCGGUCCAAGCAAGGGCUGGAUUGCGUCGAUGUCAUCGAACCUGCACGCGAUGUGUCGGACAACGGGGCGGCAGGGAUCGCAUGGUGCAUGGACGCACUUGUUUCGUGGAGCAGCGUCGACCCUCAGGAUUGCUGACGACGAGUUGCAAAUGUCGGAUUCGAGAGUGUUUGUCGUUUUGAAACGGAUACAUGAAUCGACCAAUCAAAAACGUCCACCGCACACCCCGUGGCGAUGCCACGUUUGGCGAGUGCAACGAUGGGAGUCACGGAGACUUCAUCGGCGACUAUGACGACGCCAGCUCGGACUGGACUGGCAUCGCUACCAUCCGCGGCGUUGGACGACGACUAUUCCAUGCAUGUGGCCAAACCAUGCACCUCCUUCUCACUGGUCGAUUCGGACGAUCUGUUGAGGCGAGGCAUCGCCAAGUUUAACAUGCAUGCUGUGGACGGCAUUCAAUUCUGCAUGGACCACGGCGUGUUGGACGGCUCACCAGAUAGCGUCGCGUCCUUCCUGUUCAAACACAAAGGCAGGUUAGACAAAGCAGAGAUCGGGGGGUAUCUCUGCCGGCACGAGUCGUAUCAACAAGGGUUCUGCACCAAAGUGCGCGUGGCGUACGUGGACUUGCUCGACUUCCCUGGCCUUCCCGUGGACGAAGCGAUUCGCAAGCUCGUUGCGUACUUUCGACUACCAGGAGAAGCGCAGCAAAUCGACCGCCUCAUCGAGACGUUUUCCAUUCGGUACUACGCCCAGAACCCAACGCUGGUUGCGUCCAGCGACGUGGCUUUCUUCCUCGCGUUCUCGGUCAUCCUGCUUCAAACGGUAGCGUCGCACGUACUAGAGAAUGCAUCUUGUGACCGCCAAGGUCACCAGGACUUGCACAAUCCAUCGAUUCCUGUACCCAACAAGAUGACAAAAGACCAAUUCAUCCGAGCCAACGAGGGGGCAGGCAUUCCUACCGACGACCAGCCAUCUACGACCGUAUUCAUGCGCGAUCGUUGUCCAUGGGAGCACGGACGAUGGCGUGCGAAAAGUGCCAGACGCCGCUGCAAGAUGAAGACGUGUUUUCAACCAUCGCCGUCGACAACGACGACUUUUGCGAAGUGCUUGACUCGUGGUCGGUGGUCAAGAGGGUGACGCUGUGCGCGACUUGUUGGGGAGAUAUGUACAUGUGCCACGACGUUGCGCUCGGGUUUUGUGAGAUUUGCCCGACCGACGACGGAAACACUCCUACAAUCACCCGCGUCCAUCGAAUGGACGAGUUAGUGGAGCAGUUGAUGUGAGUUGUGUAACAUGGAGGUCGGGACCACGUGUGCAACAUGCUCGAGGACUUGGAAUGGAUCAUGCAGAGGUCGACGAGGGUAUGGGAAUCGCAAGAAAGGUCGAGGGCAGGCGGGUUCAAGUGCAGUUUUCUUUG